UUUAAAAUAUUAAUGAAAGCCUCUUAAAGUAUCACAUAUUUAUUAAAAAUUUAGGAAAUUAAAAAAACAAAAAACAAAUUUCUUAUUUACUAAAAUCAUUUUAAUAACUGAUCUUGUUAAAAUUUAUAUUGGAUUCAGGUGAUAAUUGGUAGAUAUUUUUACGACGGAGAAAAUUUUGAUUAGAUUUGAAAAUAUUCAUGUAUGGGUUGCAAAUUAUCGAAAGAUGAACCUCCGCCUGAAUCAUUACCCAGAAAAAUUAUUACAGAAGUUGACAUGGAGAAAAUCGAUUAUAAGAGCCGAUUAGAAUACAAAAUAUGUUUGGCAAAAGAUACUCCAGAGCCAGUUUUUGAUUUAUCAGAAUGUAAUUUAAAAGAAGUUCCUUCUGGUGUUUUUAUUAAUUGUCGUAUAUUGCGUAAAGAGAUUCUAAUAUUAAAUAACAAUAGAUUAACGUCUUUUUGUAGUACACCGACUGGACAACUUCGUGAUUUGUCCUUGUUAACCACUCUUGAUUUAAGAUUCAACAAAAUAAAACUACUGCCAGAUGAAAUUUAUACUUUAGAAAAUCUUAGGGAACUAUUACUUGCAAAAAAUAAUAUCGUCAAAUUACCUAAAACAAUAAAAAGUUUGAAAUAUUUAGAAUUACUCGACAUUUCUUGUAAUAAAGUGCAAUCGAUAGAUGAAAUAAAUUUAAUGCCUAACUUACGUAUUCUUAAUAUAAGUGAAAAUAAGGACUUGAAACGUCUCCCCGUUAUGUUGUAUACAUGUGACAAUCUGCGAGAUUUGAUACUGGAUAAAGAUGUGAUUGAAUGGCCAGAAGCGGAUAUAUUAAACCAAACAACUGACAGUAUAUUAAAAUAUCUGAGUACGGGAGAGAAAAUUGAUGAAACAGACAGCAAUAUUCCAGAAAAAACUGAAAGGACAGCUGGCGCCGUCGAAAUUGCUCAGGAUGCACUCAAGCUAAAUACUGAUAUUUCGAAAGAAGAUGCCUUAAUUAGACAAUUAGACAAUUUGAUGAAAAGCUCCACAAAAAAGCGAAAUUCUUUACAAAUUAUUACCGAUGGAUAUGGAAAUGAAGAUGCUCUUUUUGAGGAAAUACAAUUAAAACAACAAAAAAUGAAGAAAGAACUUUUGCAAACUGUUCUGCUGCAACAAAAUGAAAAUGAAUCUUUAUUCAAUAAAAUCCAGCAACAAAGAGAUAUUGAAAGAACAAAAUUGAUUGAAGAUAUUCGUAAAACUGAAGAAAAUGCUAAUGUAGUUAUUGAAAAAUUUUUGGCAUUGAAAAAUAAUUCUGACGUAGAGCUUUUGGAAAAAGAACAAUUGGAAAAAGAACGUCUGCUUGAGAAGGUUCAAUUAGAACAUUCUGAACUGAGGAAACAAGAAAUGUUAUGUAUUAUGAGUGAGGUUUUACGAGAUGAUCAAUAUAAAUUUGAAAGUUUUUUAAACAAUCGAUGUGCAUCUACUGUAGAUAUUUUAGAAAAAGAACAAGAAACAUCAAAGCAACUGCAAACAUUUUUUUCAAAUUACGAAAGGGAGCGUGGUCUUAUAAUUGAAAAAAUUUAUGAAGAUGAAGAACUGCAAAAACAAGCUGUUGCAUCUUUAAUAUCUAAAAACGAUGCGCGUUCGUGGGGUCUAAUAGAACAAUUAAAAAUUGUUGAAACUCAAUUAGCUAGUAUGACUGUGUUGGAGAUUGAGAAAAAACAAUUUUCUAAUGUAGAACAAAUUAAUGAAUUAGCUGAAAAAAGACUUCGUUUAACAAAUAUUUUAAUGGAUUUAUUAGACCAACAAGAAAAACGGAAGGAACAAUUAUUGGAUACACUAACAAUAAUGGAAGCUCAAAAAUGCAACGAAGAGCAAGAUUUUUGGUUAUUGCAGUAUCAAAAACUAUUGGAUUCCAGACCCCUUGAGUUUUCUGUGAAAACAUCUUACUCAAUUGAUCCAUUACUUGGAUUUCAAUUUCUUGUUAAUGGCGUAAUACAUUGCCUACCGUUUUUACAAAAAUUAUGGCAAAAUAACGAUAUUUGUUUAGAAAAAUUAAAUGAAAACGAUUUAGAAAAUGCUGGUAUUCGAGACGAAAGAGAUCGGCGUUUGAUACUACUUUCAAUUGAAAAAUUCAUCACAGAAACAAAUAAUACCAGUUAUGCUCGUGUUCCCUCUGCUCCCGUACAAAGUCCAUUAGACUCAUUAAAGCCAACAAAUGAAUAUAAUGCUAAACCAUCUACUUCGACAACAAAAGAUAGUUCGGAGCACGAAAUUUCAGAAUGUGUUAUUUGUAUGGAAGAAUAUGUGAAAAUAAUUUUUAUACCUUGUGGUCAUAUGUGCUGUUGCCUUAAUUGUGAAUCAAAAGUUGAUUUAUGUCCAAUAUGUAGAGGAAAUAUUGAGCGAAAAAUUAAGGUUGUUCAACCUUAAAAAAAUUUACAUUUAUAAAUAAAAGAGCAAAUCCAAAAUUUGAUAUAAAAAUUUACAUAUUUUUUAUCGUUUAAAAUUACUAAAGAAUUAAAUUUGUAAAAAUAUUAAAAAACUGCCUUAUAAGCAUUCUUAUUUUUAAUAUGUAACUAAAUUUUAAAUGUCGAUUUAUUAUACUGCGAAAAAAAAAAUAAACAAAAAAAAAUAUAGCUUUUCGUUUUAGGUUUUUUUUUUUUAUUAAAGAUAAAAUCUAUAUUAGAAAAUUUUAACAUUUACAUUCAUUGAUAAAUCAGUUUUUCACCAUAAUUAGAAGUUUUCUAUUUGGCACAUAUUUUA